AUGUCCUGCAACGCCUUCAUGGCCCGGAUGAAAAAUCUGGGAGACGAGCUUGCUGCAGCGGGCCGGCCGGUCUCGGAUCCGGAGAUGGUGGAUUAUGUCCUUGUCGUCCUUAACAGAGACUAUGAUCCUGUCGUGGCGGCCAUUGGCGCUGUCAAGUCCACGAUCACCGUUGAUGAGCUCUUCACCCAGAUCGUGACGUUUGAUCAGCGGGUGGAUUUGCUCGGCGACGGUACAGACGCCGGCUUCAACUCCUCUGCCAACAUGCCACCCCGAAACAAUCGCAGCCCACUCCCGUGCGUGCUGGAUAGGGUUCCCUGCCGCCCUCACCGGUCGCCGCCGCCCUCACCGUUCGUCGGCGCCGCCCUCACCGGUCUCCGCCGCCGUCGGUUUCCCCUACAUGGCCGGAGGAUAGGCCAUCCCGCCGGUCCAUUCCCGCCCCACCGCGAGGGAGGAGACCGACCAGUUGCGCCUCCCCGCCGGUCGCCGCCCGUCAUCCCAAGGAUCAAGGCCGACCGCGCCGGUCCUCGUUGGUCGCCGCUCCGGCUCCAGGCCGCCCACCGCCCCGGCCACGUCAGCCCGGUCUAUUUCCCACCGGAUCCCAUCUUCGCCGCCGUCCGACGCGCCUGCUGCAAGGAGCAGCAACCCCAUGUCUCAGAGGAGCUAGCCCCGACGCCAUUGACGCCCGAGCGACGCUCCCAAGCUAGGAGCGGCACCAGGACGACCACGCCCCCGAAGCCUAAACUGCAAGGUAUCUUCUCUUCAUCUCGAGGAGCACCAUUGCUCCCAUUGUCGUUGCCCUCGUCGUUCGACUAUCACCUCUACGUACGGUCUAGGGUUGUUUCGUCGCUGCAAGGGUCUGGUGUUCGACGACCUCCCCAUGCGUUCAACGAGCUCCGCCCCGGCGUUCGUGGGUGUUGACAGAUGGUGGGCGCGGGUCGAGAGCGCUCCGAGGCUCCUUCCUCGGCGCGUGGUGGGAGGGGUAGUUCCAUUCCACCCCAGACCCUCCGGAGAGCGCUAGAUCUCAGUAUGCAGACACCACCGGCGGUCGCUUCUUCUUUGGAUGGGAGAGGUCGGCGGGGGAAGAAGAAGGAGAAGGCUAGUAGAGGUGGACGUGGCAGCGGGAGAGGUAGGAAGGCUGACACUAUGCCUUCCUCGCCGCCACCCUCAGCUGAUUCACCUGACCACAGGACUGCUCCGUCUGAGAUGGAGCCGCCUGAGGUGGACCCGUCUUGG